AUGAGUGACAUGGGUGGACUGAAGAACCUGGUGGCCAACACGGACUACCUGAAAGCGCAGAGUCUAGACGAGAAGGAGAUCAAGAAACGAAGAUGUAGCCUAGGUCUUCCUCAUCUUGGGAACUGUACAGAUGUGCGUGCAUCCGUUUCCAAGGGCUUUGAGGACAUUUGUGAGCAGCAGCCCAUCGGGAGAGCAUGUUUCCGACAGUUCCUUUCAGUCUCCAGUCCAGAGUACCUGCCUGCUGCAGAGUUUCUGGAUGAGUUGAAUUGCUGGGAUUUGGCUGAAUCAGAAGCUAAAGAAGAAGCUAGACUGAAUAUCAUUAACAAAUUCUGCAAAGCAGACUCCAAAUGUUUCCUGGCUUUUCUGACAGAGGAUGUCGCAGAGAAAUGCAAAGCUGUCUCUGAGAAGGACUUUGAGGAGGUGAUGAUGGGACAAGUGAAAGAAGCCACGCAAAAGUUCCUUAGAGGACAACCUUUUGAGGAGUAUCAGACCAGCCCAUUCUUUGACAGGUUUGUGCAGUGGAAGAAGUUUGAGAAGCAGCCCAUCACUGAGAAAUACUUCUAUGAGUUUAGGACUUUGGGGAAAGGAGGAUUUGGAGAGGUAUGUGGUGUUCAGGUCAAAACCACAGGUCAGAUGUAUGCCUGCAAGAAACUAGACAAAAAGCGUCUGAAGAAAAAAAGUGGGGAAAAGAUGGCUCUACUGGAAAAAAGAAUCUUGGAGAUGGUGAACAGCCUGUUUAUUGUAAACCUGGCUUAUGCGUUUGACACAAAGACCCACCUGUGUCUGGUCAUGACUCUGAUGAGCGGAGGGGAUCUGAAGUACCACAUCUUCCAUGUUGGGGAGGUUGGCAUUGAGAUGGAGCGCAUCAUUCACUACACGGCACAGAUCACCAGCGGUAUCUUACACCUACAUUCCAUGGACAUUGUGUAUCGGGACAUGAAGCCAGAGAAUGUCCUAUUAGACUGUCAAGGCCAGUGCAGGUUGUCAGACCUUGGUCUAGCUGUGGAGCUACCCAAUGGGAAAACCACUACUCAAAAGGCUGGCACCAAGGGGUACAUGGCGCCAGAGAUCCUGAAGCAGGAACCGUAUCGUACCUCAGUAGACUGGUGGGCUUUAGGCUGUAGCAUCUAUGAGAUGGUGGCCGGUCGCGUCCCCUAUAGAGACCACAAAGAAAAGGUUGCCAAAGAAGAGUUGUUACGAAGAACUCUAGAAGAUGAGGUCAAAUUUGAACACCAAAAUUUUGAUGCUCCCUCAAAGGACAUUAUCAGUCUUUUUCUGAAGAGAAACAUUGAGGACCGCCUUGGCAGCAAGGGUGGGGUUAGUGAUGACCCUCGAAAACAUGAGUUCUUCAAAUCCAUCAACUUCCCUCGACUGGAAGCUGGGCUCAUUCCACCUCCAUGGGAGCCCAAACCUAACGUUGUGUAUGCUAAGGACGCAGGUGACAUCCGGGAGUUCUCUGACGUGAAGGGGGUGAAAUUUGAUGCCGAUGACGAAAAGUUUUUUAAGGAAUUCAGCACAGGGGCAGUGCCGAUUCCAUGGCAGCAGGAGAUGAUCGACAGCGGACUCUUUGAUGAGCUCAGUGACCCAAACAGGAAGGAAUCGGCAGCGGGACUGGACGAUGAGGAGCAGCAAAAAUCCAAAUCUUGCACUCUUCUCUGA